AUGUCCUCCGCUAAUUCCAUCCACUCAGAGGAUGUGUCCCUUAGAGUCUCUGAUGACAAAUGUUCCCCCGCAGAAGCUGUGCGCGAAUAUAUCAACGGCCUUCCCAAAGUUUUUGAAGAAGACUCGAUGGCGCGAGGUGCGGACGGUGUGGUACAUAUCAGCGAGGAGCUGUCGCGACUUAAUCGUGCAGAUCUGAAACAAUUUGCUUUGAGACAAUUCCUUCGUUGCGAAGAAUUACUUCAUGAACUGCUUGAUCAGGAAGUGGUACUUGGGGAAACGGUGGAUGAUCUGCAAUCUGUUAGAGAAAUGAUGGAGGAGCGUGAGGAGGAGGCUGAGGCACUGCGGGCACAACUGCAGCGUGCGGAUGAAUCUAAGGAGACGCUCCUCCGUGAGAAGGCAAGUGCAUUGCGUCGCCUCAUGGAAACAAAGAAUGAGUUAGCGAGCCUUAGCGCAACGAAAGCAAACCUGCAGCGCAUGCUUGACUUGCACAACAAAAAACAAGGCGAGGAGGCACCCGCUCCACAAGGGACUCCAGCUGCCACUACCAAUGCUGCUGCUGCUGCUGCUGCGGAAAUGAGGAGGUGCAGUAUGCCAAAUGCCAACGCGCAAGCGGGGCUGCUUAACCGUAACUUCAUGCGUGCCAAUUCAUACGCCCCCGUCAUGACGUCAUUCUCCACGGCGUGCUCAUUGGCGGUUCCUCAACGUGUUGGACUUAGCCGCCGUAGUAGUUGUAGCAGCAAUGCCACCUCAUCGACGAAACUAUGGUCAGGAGGUGCUAAUCCCGUGGUUGAACGCAGCAAAAGUCCAGGAGACAGUAAAUGGCGGCAACUAUUCUUUGAGACGCGUCGGCAGAAUGAACUGCUGCAAAGCGAGCUCAGUAAAGUUCGUGCUGACCGCUGUUGCGUCGAUACGGAUGCUGGAAACGGGGAAGUAUCGCAGACGGCACAUGUUAACUCAUCGUCAUCGCAGUUGGCGGCUUCUUUGGCUGAGGUGGAGCGGAUGCGGGAGGAACUCAACAAGGAACGGGAAAAGAACCGGACAAGGAACCGCCUGGGAGCCCAAUUGCUGCGCGACGUAGCAUUUCUUGCGAGAAAAGUUCGCAUGUACGAACAGGCGGAGUCUGCGUCGCUCCUCCAUCGGUACAAGGAUCUAAGUCUAACGAAGGAUCAGCUAAUGCAGGAGCUGUUCGAAUCCCGCAAAGCCAUUGCUGUGUUAAAUAUGAAACUGAAGGAGUCAACAACAAGGGUGGGAAAGAAACACAACGGAUCACAGUGUGAGGCCACAAGCCAACCGGUCAUAGUCGAGGGUCUCGCCAAUGCCCUCGAGGAGGCACUUCGUGAUAAUGAAAUACUUCGCGAGGAGCGGGGGUGUUUGAUUUCUGAGAAGCGGUUUCGAGAGGAGUCGUAUCAGGCGGAAUUGAAGAGCCGUGUGGUGGAAAUGGAGAAAUUAACUGCCGCACUGGACGAACUGAGAGGCCAAAUGGCACAGUUGUGGAAGGGCAAACGUGGCACUAAUUCCAACAGUACCGCAACUCCCGCUACGAAAUUUCGCUCACCGUCGCGUAGCCUCCCACAAAAUGGUGCACCAGCGGGGUUUCGCCUAUCAGUAGAGGAUGGUGUUGUGAAGGUAAUAGACGGAAGUGGCUGUAGUCCAUGCACCAGUUGUUCCAUAACGCAAAACAGCAACACCACUCCCAUGAGCAAUUGCAAUAAUGCAAAGGUAAAGCCGAAGCUGUCUCCAAUGCGAAGCGCAGUGCCGGUGCUUUAA